UUUUCUUGGAAGUCAGUCGGGCAGUUAGACGCGACAAAGCUACAGUCCUGAGCCCUUAACAAAUUACUUGCUUUAAAAUCAUGUCGAAAAGAAAUAGAUCUGAGCCAAUUGUGUCAGAUAGUAGCGAUUCUGGUGAAGAAGAGGUAGUUGCUUGUAAGAGAGAAGAGUAUGAGGUUCAGAUUAAAUCAAAAAAGAGCAAGUCUAAGAAAUCGAUAAAGGAGAGUAGCACCGAAGACACAGAGCCCGGUGUGUUUGAGUUAUCUGACAAACGUAGGGUAACUGUGCGAGAGUUUAAAGGCAAAAUCCUGGUUGACAUUAGGGAGUUCUAUGAAGAUAAUGAAGGUGAAAUGAAGCCAGGAAGAAAAGGCAUCUCACUGCAGCUGAGUCAGUGGGAAGCCUUGAAGAGUCAUAUUACCGAUAUUGAUGUUGCCAUAGAGGAGAUGAAGUGAUAUCUGUUAGUACAAGGACUUGCUUCACAGCUCAAUGUAACAUGGAUGUGACAAUUACAGAUUGAUACCAAGUUUAUAACCUGUUUAAUUUUUAAAUGAUCCUUAGAAAAGUAUAACAAAUGUUGUGUUUCACAGAGUGUUUUGGUUAGGUAUUGAAUAAUUCUCUCACUGCGACCUUGGAUGGCCUGUGGCCGAUUUUUGUUUUGAAUAAAAAAUGUUACACCAGUGA